AUGUCUCAGAUAGCUGAAACUCAAGAAUUAUUAUCACAAUCUCAAAUCAAGAAAAAUGAACCAAAGACAAUAUUUGAACUAUUUUCAUUGAUAAGUGAUGGAAGUACAGUUCAUCCAUUAAAUGAUAAUCGGAGUUGGAAAGAUGGCAAGUUAAUUAGCUUGGGUGCAUCUACUGGAGCCGAAGCAAAGAAAGGUUGGGUGAUGCCCGAGAUAGUGGAGAAGAAGAUAAUGGAGAAGGAAGAAGAUAUGAUCUGGAUAAAACCAAGUCGUAAGCUAGCGACUUGGGAAGAGUCGACUUCUUUGUUCAUUAGUUUAACACAGUACAUUUGGUGGGGAUUGGGUUGGUACUUUCUGGUGAAGUUAGUCUACGAUGGUUGCAUUGGCAUAGUUGCAACUUAUGGGGUGCCUAGUGAUACGUUUAUAGGAUACAUAGUAGGAACUGGCUUGGUUUUGGGUUUACUUGCUAUUAGUAUGCUAGCAAGAGGAGCUAACUAUCAAAGUUCGAUUCUGGAUGGUUUAUAUAAUGAUAUGAGCUGGUCAUUUAAAUUGAUGUAUAGGGUGGUUGGUACAUGCGUAAUGAUUUUGUUUGCUUAUCUACUGGUAGAAGUUCUAACUGGUAGUUCAGUAACUCUAGUUCAUAAAUCAAUUAUAGUUGGUGUAAUGGUUGGGGUUAGUAUUUUGGCAUGUGUGAGUGAAAUGGCGGUUGUGCUGAAGUGCAAACCGAAUAAGGAAGCCCGAAUUGUGUCACUUUUGUUUUACAUUAUUUUGGUUUUAUUGAUAGGCGUUGGGGCAAUAGUAGCUAUGCACUAUAUGAAUCUGUAUCUGCAAAAGAAUCCCAAUUGA